ACAAGAAACAUGGCAAAAACGUACGACUAUCUGUUCAAAUUGCUGCUAAUCGGAGACAGCGGAGUGGGCAAGACGUGUCUGCUGUUUCGAUUCAGUGAGGACGCGUUUAACACCACCUUCAUCUCCACUAUAGGAAUUGACUUCAAAAUCAGAACAAUUGAGCUGGAUGGGAAGAAGAUCAAGCUUCAGAUCUGGGAUACAGCCGGACAGGAAAGGUUUAGAACCAUCACCACUGCAUAUUAUAGAGGAGCAAUGGGAAUUAUGCUGGUGUACGAUAUCACAAAUGAGAAAUCAUUUGACAACAUCAGGAACUGGAUCAGGAACAUUGAGGAGCAUGCAUCAUCGGAUGUGGAACGGAUGAUAUUGGGUAAUAAAUGUGAUAUGAAUGAUAAGAGACAAGUUUCAAAAGAAAGAGGGGAAAAGCUAGCUAUUGAUUAUGGAAUAAAGUUCUUGGAAACCAGUGCAAAAUCUAGCACAAAUGUUGAAGAGUCCUUUGUCACUCUUGCUAGGGACAUCAUGACCAGACUAAACAGAAAAAUGAAUGAGAAUAACCCUUCGGGUGGAGGAGGAGCAGUGAAAAUCACAGAGAGUCGAUCCAAGAAGCCAAGCUUCUUCCGCUGCACUCUGCUCUAACCCAGCAACUCCUGCAGCCUCAGUGUGUGAAUGACUUCAUUUCUCUAAGUGUGUUUGAGCUCAGUGUGUGUGUGUUUAUGCAAGAGUUUACAGUAUCACUGGACUUUCAGCUGUUAGCUGCUGCUGAGAGCUCUGGACUUUAGUCUUUCAUGUAAGGCCUGAAGAGAGUAUGCUAGAUAAAAGACUCAUCCAAAACAUUCCUUUUAAACCAAAAUAUCCAUCAACCUACCCCCUUAAAGAUUAGUUCACCCAAAAAUGAAAAUUACCCCAAGCUUUACUCACUCUCAAGCCAUCCUAGGUGUAUAUGACUUUCUUCUUUCUGAUGAACAUAAUCGCAGAUAUUUUAAUAAAUAUCCUGAUGCAUCUGAG